AAUAGAUGAGUCACUGUCCAUCCACCACAAGCUGUCACAACAACUCACAAGCCCCUUCAUUUGACGCAACGAAUUACAGACGGCAAACGGUUCAAGCGGGGUACACAUAUCAAAUCUCUCUCCACCCUUCAGCCACUAACCAUGUCAGGCUCGUCGACUCCAGAGGACGCGUUGUACGGCUCGUGGGUGGAGCUGGAGGAGCUAAUAUCAGCAGUGAGCAGCAGGGAUAGUCUGACAGGGCAACAACAGGACACAGCCUCCUGGGCCCUGCAGGGGGAGUUAGAGAGGAUCCUGCUGGAGGCACAGCUUGAGUGUGAGAGGAGUAAAGACAGUCCUCCCCUGGUGGUGACUCCUCCGCAGACCACUGCUUCCCCUCCCCACAGUGAAGGCAGCAGCAGUACAGACUGUGUUACCAUACAGUCCGAGGAAGAUGGGGAGAGGAGGCUCAUUUCCGAGUGGGUAUGGGACUGGUCCAGUCGGCCAGAGAACCUUCCACCAAAGGAGUUUGUGUUCCAGCACCCGAAGCAGCAGUCGGGCUCUCUGAGCGUAAGGAAGAGUGAGGUGAUGAAAAGAGGCCUAUUCUCCUCUGACGUCCUCAUGAUCCUCAUCCCCUCACUGCUUGCCUCGCACCUGCUCACACUGGGAGUAGGGAUCUACAUAGGGAAGCGAUUGGCUGCCUCCACAACUAGCACUCUGUGACGUGCUUCCGGGCAGCGCUCCCAUUCGCUGACGGCAGACCAAUAGGAUCUCAGCCCUCGCCACAGUACACUUGUUGCCCUUUCUCCCUGUCAUGCGGCAACUUUCUUUACCAAUGUCUCUCUGUAUGUCUGUCUGUCCACCAUCCACCAGAACUUUGUGUGUCUGUCCGUCAGUCACCCAGCAUCUCUGAAUCUGUGAUUGUCCCAGGGCCAGAGUGUGUCUGUUUGUGUGUUUGUCUCUCUCUCUGUGUGUGUGUGUGUGUGUGUGUGUCAGGGCAGGACAGUUGAUACUCUACGGACAUUGUGUCAAUGACUCAGACUGAGGUCACUUUUACUCUCCCAGCAGAGUAACACUGAUCUCAAUGAACUAACAGAGAGAAACGAGUGAUAAGAUCGAGAGAGAAAAGAGAGAGGAAGAAAGAGAAUAACACCCAGCUAAAUCCCCAUUGAAGGUGUUAGCAGAUUGUUGAAGAAAUGGGGUAUAUUGCCCAAUGCUUUCCCAAAUAAAAACCAGAAUCUAAUCCUGGUGAAAGAAACAGUUCACCAACAGAGCCAUAUACAGGCAGUAUAUGCCUAUAUGACUCUGGACACCAAUAUUAUGUGUCAGACAUGCCAGAACUGUGAUGAGCCCAGGUGAUUUGUAUUAGGUUGAGGAAUGGUUUGUUUAAUGUUCUUUGUGGUUUAUGACCACAAAAGUGUCUCUGGUUUUGCACUUUGUCCUAUAUAACCAUCUGACUGUUUGAACUCUGAACUCUUUGAAUGACUAUAACCCCAUUAAACUUCAUUUGUCACCCGUG